CCCCGAAUUUCAUUUCAUUCCAACUCCCAGGCCAGGUCAUUUUCCCCAUCUCAUCGCGAAUGAGCCUCCGUCUGGCAAAACAUUCAUACGUCCUCCGUGUUGUGGUGCUGCAGUAAUUGAGUGGCAGUGUUGCGAUGUGGGGAAAAACACCAUAAAUGACUGCAAAUGUGUGCUUUUCUCUGUCUCCUUUGUGUCUCACUCGCUCCAAGGCGACUUUCAUGUGUGCUGCUGGCUGUGCUCGCGAACAAAGUCCAGUGAAUCGUGGCCAGAAGCUCCAACACCACAGCUCUACUGGUGGUGAGAUUCUUCAGUCCGUGAUGAGCUACCAAGGGAGCCACAAAGCUCACGAGAAGAGCAAAUUACCUACAAAUUGUCGUCUUUGUGUUGUUCCAUCCCGAAUUUAUAAUUUCUUUUGUUGUUUCUCUCAUUUCUUUGUGUGUUGAGAGUGUUUCCCUUCGUCAUCUCCCAACCUCGCAUCAGCUAAAAGCUCGCGGAGAAACCCUUCAAAGUGUGUGCCCAGUAGUGUGCUGCGGGAGAAGAAAAAAACUCUCUAGAGCCAUAAAUUCCCUGCCUAAGCAACCAAGACAAUAAAAAUCAUAGUUGAAGAAGAAGAAGAAGAAGAAGAGGAAAUUGUGUAGAGUGAGGCAGAAAAUGCUGCUAAAAUCACAGUGUGGAGGCGCAUAGUGCAAAGAUUGAGAGCACACAAGAAGAGCGAGAGAGAGGAAAAAAAUGUAAACAAAGAGACUCAGCUGCUCGAGUCUAUAGAGUGCGGAGAACGAGUCAGAGAAGAAGAAAAAAAAAGUGUCUCAAUUUGAUACACUUUGCAGUGGAAAUCAACUAUAAUAGAAAUCUAUAUACGACGGAGAGAAGAAAGGCAUCCACCAAUCUCAUUGAGAAGACUUUCUUCGUGGCAGCAUAGAAGAAUUAGAGGGGAAAAGAGAGACGGUGAGAAAAGUAAGGGACCAAGAAGAAACUCUAUACCAUUAAAUUUUCAACCAAAUAGUCGUCGUCAAUUCGAACGCAAACGGAUCGGCGGCUGGCUCCUCGCACAACAGUUCGACGGAAAUGCAGCAGGAUGUUCAUGCAAAUGGGAAUGCCACUGAGGGUGAGGAAAAGUGUGGCAGCUAUGCAAAUGGUGGACCACGAACGAUUCAUUUGGAUCAGACAGAACGCGACAUAGUUCGUCUCAUUGGGCAACAUCUCAAAAUUGUUGGCCUGGAGCGGAGUGCGGAGUUGCUGAUGGAGGAAUCCGGGUGCUGCCUUGAACAUCCGUCAGCAAUUAAAUUUCGCACACAUGUACUUUCGGGGGAUUGGGUGAAGGCUGAUCAUGAUCUCCAGGAGUUACAUCCACUAAUUGAGGGGAAGCACAAUAGUAUUGGGUUUUCUGUAUUUCAGGAAAUGCGAUUUCUCCUCCUCGAGCAGAAGUACCUGGAAUUCCUCGAGGAGGGACGCCCAUUGGAUGCCCUGCAUGUGUUGCGGAAUGAAUUGACACCACUGCAGCACAAUACCCCGCGUGUCCAUCAACUCUCCUCAUAUAUGAUGUGCGCCAAUAAUGAGGAAUUGUAUCAGAGGGCAUCGUGGGAGGGUAAAGGUGUAAAGUCGCGCAAUAAAUUAAUGGAUCGCCUGCAGAAUUUUCUCCCACCGACCGUAAUGCUGCCACCGCGUCGGCUGCGUUCCCUCCUUAGUCAGGCUGUUGAGAUGCAAACAGAACGAUGUACAUGCCAUGAUAUGGCAUGGGAAACAAACAUUGACAAUGUUUCUCUCCUUGUGGAUCACUGUUGUUCACAGGAGGAAUUCCCCAUGCAACCACUUCAGGUGCUGAAUGAGCACUGUGAUGAGGUGUGGUACUGCAAAUUCUCCCCCGAUGGCCUCAAAUUGGCCACGGGGUCAAAAGAUACGUCCGUAAUAAUUUGGGACGUUGAUCCCAAAGCGAUGUGCGUUAAGCAACGUCGUACACUCGAUGGUCAUACGUAUGGUGUGAGUUUUAUUGCAUGGCAUCCAGAUUCGAAGCAUCUCAUUGUUGGUGGUCCCGAGGAUUGCCCGGAUUUGUGGAUUUGGAAUAUUGAGGAGGAAAAGCUGAGGACGAAAAUGUCUCAUUCGCCAGAGGAUAGUUUAACGUGUGCUGCCUUCAGUCAGGAUGGAACACGCUUCGUGACUGGUGGUGUACGUGGUCAAUUUUACCUUUGCGACAUCGAUGGAACAAUCCACGACACGUGGGAUGGUGUGCGUGUCAAUGGAUUGUUCUUCAAGUCAGACAAUAGGACAGUAUUGGCAGCUGACACGCACCAUCGUAUCAGAUCUUAUGCAUUCGAUGCUCCUCGUGGUGAUCAAACCAUUGUUCAGGAGCAACAUGCAAUUAUGACGUUUUCCGUCAACUCCUCAGAACGACUGGCUCUGCUAAAUAUCUCACAGCAGGGACUACAUCUCUGGGAUUUACAGGAUCGUUGCCUAGUGCGAAGAUUCCAGGGUGUAACACAAGGCAAUUAUACGAUCUAUUCCACCUUUGGCGGUAUUCACGAGAGUUUUGUCGCGAGUGGAAGUGAAGACAAUAAAGUGUACAUUUGGCACAUAAAACGCGAGGAACCUCUAGCUAGACUUGUGGGUCACACGAGAACGGUAAAUUGUGUCUCGUGGAAUCCCGUCUAUCCGGCACUCCUGGCAUCUGCCUCCGAUGAUGGGACUGUAAGACUCUGGGGACCCAAAACAAUUCCUCAGCAUGCAACAAAUUCAGAGAGUGAUGAUUGCUCCUCAACGUCAUCUUCAUCUUCCUGUAUGACGACAUAAAAGUUGCGCUCUCAGUGUUCGAGUUUUUAUUCUCUUCUUCUUUUUUUUUAUGUGAAAUAAAAUAAAUUUGUAAUUGUAAAUUGAACAAAUAUGAAGAAACUUUAAAAUAGCAAGAAGAAAAAAAUUAAUAGGAUUGUAAAGAAAACUUUGAGAAUUUAAAUUGUAAAAAGAAAAUAUUUAAGAUUUUCUUUUCAAUUUUUGGUGUAAAAUUUGAGAAAAAUAAAAAAAGAAAAGAAAUCACAUCCUGUUGCUAUGUCAGAUUGAAAAGAUAGAGAGAGUGAGAAUGAGAGUCAGAAUGAUAGAGAUAAUGUGAAAUCGUAUGAUAAAAGUUUAAUAAAUAAAUCAUUUUAUUUUUCUUUUACAACAAAACUAACGACGACGAGAAUAUUGUUGAAGAAAAGUUCUUCUUUUAGUUUGUUUUUAGCUGUGCCGCCCAAUUUGUUCCACAGAGAAAAAAAUUAUUUUUCUUCCCCCAAAGUGGACGUAAAAAAUAUCUGUGUUUUUGCUUUAAUUUAAAAAAUUAUUGAAGAGAAAAUAAUUUAUUUAUUAAUUAAUAACACUGUGGAUUUAUUUUUUUCAAUGUAGUGUAAUUAAUCCAAUGCUGCAAUUAACAAUAAAAAAGUGCGCUCCAAUGUAACAAUUUGUACAGAAAAUAUAUAUAAUAUAUUUUUUUAAAGUAUUGCUUAAGAAACUUUUCAAGGAGAUAAAAUAUUUUUAUCUUUUUUUUUUCUUUCUUAAUUUCAGUAGAUUGAGAACAUCCACAACCAUUCAUCAUCCACAUUCAUCCUCAAAACUACAUGUUGUAAAAAAAAUGUUUUCAUUUAAAGGAUAUUUCUGAAGGAAAAAAAAGAAAUGUAAAAUUUUUUAUUAAAAGAAACUUCAAAGAAUAUGCGCAAUAAAAAUUCAAAUCAAUAGAAAAGGAAAAAUAAAACCAACAGGCAAGAACUUUGUUUAUUUCUUAAAGUAAGUUUUUUUAAAUAUAAUUUAUUAAACAAUGAGCAACAAUUUAAAAAAUAAAAAAAAACAGACAGAUUCUGCAUUUUGAUUUAAUGAAGGAAAAAAAACGAAAAGAUAAACUAAAGGAAUAUUGUUAAUCACUCAGAGAAAUAUUGAAAGUUUUAAAAUUAACAAAGAAAAAAAUGUAUAAAUAUUAAAAGAAAUCACAGAAAUAUGUUCAAGAAAAUCCUGCAAAAAAAAACUUCCACUCAAAAAAGAUUUUUUUUAAAAAAAUGAUUAAAUUUUAUUUUAAUUGCAUUGGAGCUCACUUUUAUACGUUAUUUUUAAACUGAAUAAUUUUCAUAAAGAAAUAAAUUAGAAAAAAAAAAUAAGUCAAAGCCAAUCUCAGAUUUUUUCUUUUGAAUUAAAAAUGAGAAAAUAUCCGAUUUUUUUAUUAGUGUCGUGUGUUAAUUUAUCUUAAUUAGAAGUAAAAAAUUAAAAGAAAUGUGAGAAAGAUUAACAUUAACUAUAUUUUAUUUCUUUUACAAUCGAAAGUGUGUUAGAAGAAAAAGAAAACUUUAAGAAUAUUUGGAUUUUUUUUUACUUGAUUUCAACCCAUUUUUAUACAUUUGCGAAAAAAGAAAAUAAGAAAUUAAACAGAAUAAAAAAAAAAGAUAUAAAUUAUUAUUAUCAAAAGAGACUGAACACGACAAAAUUUAAUCAAUUUAUAAAGAAAAAUUAUUAAAAAAAAAAUAUGGCACGAAGAACCAAGAAAGGAAAAUAGAGAGAAACUCAAUAAUUUUGCUUAUGAAAGGUUACACGGAAUGUACGGAAAAUGAAAACGAUUUUAGCAUUUUCCUCGUUAAUUUUCUCUCUCAAAAAAAUUGAAAAGAAUUUUGACGAAAAAAUGCCAAAAAGAAGACAAUUUUUCGUGCAUUUUGAGCGAAAUAAAACUGAAAAAAACACAGUUAAAACAACUCAGAAAAAUAAACAGAAAAAUUGUUAUUAUAUAUAAAAUAAAGUAUUUAGCAAAUGAAGAGAAAAAAAAAUGAAGAUAGUUUCAGGUAUAUAGAAAACUUUUGCGAUGAGACACAAACAAGAUAAAAAAAAAACUUAUCCUCUAAAUCAAAAAAAAAUAUAUAGAAUUUUUAUACCAAAAACAACAACAAAUUCAAUAGAAAUUGCAAUAAAUAGUAAAAUAGAGAAAUAAAAGAAAAAUAUAAUUUUGUCAGAAAUGGAUGUGAAACGAAACUUCUGCAGAAGAACAUUUUUUUAAGUCACAAAAAUAUAAAUAUCUUUUCUUUGAUUGUACAAAAAAAAACAACAAGAACAUUUUUAAAAGGAAAAGCAAGAAGAAAAUAACGAAAAUCUCAGAUGGAAAAAAAGAUUGAUUUUAAUUUGAUAAAUUUUGAUGGAAAGAAUAUUAAAAUGAAGAAAGAUAUUUUUUCGUCAAAAGUUGCACGAAGGGCGAAGGGAAUUUUUAAUAAGCUGUGCGCAUGAAAAUCAUUAAGAAAUAAAUUCAAUAAGAAAAAGCAUUUAAAAUGUCUGCAAAAAACAUCAAUAUUUGGGAUAGAUAGAGGGAAGAAUUUUGCAUGAAAAUGGAAAAUGAUUGUUGGAAGUUUAUUGAGGCACACGGGGAAAUAAAAAAAUAUUAUCUAAUUUGUUUUUAUUUUUGUUCUUAAAGAUCAAGGAUUUAUGGAAAUUUUUAAUAUUUUCUCUACAAAAAGCUUUUAAAACUAAAACGUUUAGUUAGAGAAUUUUUUGACUUCAUUCUUAAGUUAAAUUUCUCAAUGAAAGUUACUUGCUUUAGUUUUAUUUUAAGAAAUCAAAAACUAAUGAAUUGCAAGAAUUUCCUAAAGAACAGCCAUAAGAUUCUUAUUCUGCUUGAUAAUUCUUUAUUUUUUUUUAUUCCAUAAUUCCUUGAUCAAAAACAUUGCAAAGAAAUAUUAAUUUUUAAGAUUAAUUUUCUUCCCCAUUUAACUCUUUCUCUCCCGAUUUUAUACAAAGAAAAAUGAAACAUUUAACAAAAUUUUCAAUUGAUAAAUAUUUAACAUUGAUGUUAUGUUAUGAAAAGAGAAAUAAAACUUUAUUGUAAAUUACAAAACAAACCUGAUGACGAGAAAAAUGCAAAAAAAAACUCGCGAAAACUCUUUCUUUUGUGCUGACAUGAGUGAUGGCUCUUUGUGUGGGUGUUUUCCAGUGAUUUUAUUCACUUUAAUUCAUUCAUUUUGUGCAAUAUUUUGCUUAUACAAUUUAACUUUUUUUUGUUCAAAAAUUGCAGAUUUUCUUUAGGAAAUAAAAAGAGAUAUGAGAGGAAAAUCAUUGGAAAAUAUUCCACAUGAGAGUGAAUUUAUUGAACCGAUUGUGUGAGAUGUGAAAGAAAAUGACGAAAAAAAACUCAAUAAGAACUCACCUAAACUCCAUUCAAAGCAACUUUGCUCCAAAGCUCAAUCUGUUUGAAUUAAUUUUGAGGAUUAAAUCGGAUUAAGUCCCAACUUAAAGCUCGUUCUAACGCGUUCCUUUGGUUAAUUUUCAUUCAACUUCUCUGCAAUGGUGGGGCUUUGGUGCAAAGUUUAUUUGAAUUGACAAAAAAGAAAAGCAUUGUAUAAGAGAACGCCUCUGUGGUGCGUGACACACGCAAUUGCUGACUCACGUUCUUAAACAUUUCCUCUGCUGCCACACACAAUAGCAAAAAAAAUAAAUAAAAAAUAAAUAGAUAUCAGAAUGGAAAGAAAAAAAAACAAACUGAUAAGUCGUUGAAUGUUGAGAUUGAUAAAUAAAACAGAAUAAAUGAUGAAGAAAACACGAUAAUUAAUCGAGACAUAAUUUAUUGCUAAACUAUUGAUGACAAAAAAAUGAUACAGAAGUAAAAUAAUAAAAAAAAACUUUAUUGAAAGCUCUAUAUAUAAAAGUAUAUAUAAAUUUAAUGAAAUAAAAAAAAACAUGAGAAUGAAGGAAAGUUAUUUAAAAAAGAAAGAUGGAAAUGAUAAAAAAAAAUGAUAAACGACCUCGUGAAUUAAUUACACAUUAAGUAGAUUAAUUUAAUAUAAUUGAUAAGAGGAGAUAAAUACAAAUUAUACAUUAAUUAUUAAUUCUUAAUAAAGUGACAGAGAAAA